AUGAGCAAAGAUAAAGAAAAGGAAUUAGAAGAAAUUUUUGGAAACGAUGCAGAAGAGCUUUCUGAUGCCUUAGAAGACUUCUCUGAUUUUGAUGACGAAAGUUCUUUUAUAGUUAACACAGAUUCCGAAGACGACGUAAAAAAAUCACCUGUUAAGUUAAAACAAAGAAGGGCAUCUCCUAUAGGUUCACCAUCAAUACUGGAGGGAGACAGAGACGAAGAUGCAUAUUUUCCAGCACCUUCUUCAAAUAAAAGACGUAAGAAACCAGAACAAUCUCGAGUAAAGCGACAGAGAAAACGCCCUGAAAGGAUAGAAAAUCCAGGUGACUUAGAUGAAGAUGUAGCAGGAAAUGUCGAACCCGCGUUAGCACCGUUAAUGGCUUCUAAAGCUUUUGUUGAUCGUGACUUUGAUGAGAUUCUACCAAAGAGAAAAGGCCGAUCAAAAAAGACUGACAUCGAGCUUGAUAAAAUGUAUGAUGAUGUGGCCAUGAAAGUUUACCAGCGCAUGAUGGAAGCUGGUGAAAAAGAUCACUCUAAUAAUACACAAGGCGUCCAUGCUUCUGAAAGGAAUGAGAUAUUAUCGUGGGUUAUGGACAAAUUGGAAAAAGCGUACCUUAGGGAAUCAUUGUUAGAACACAAUAUAUUGGAUGCAAUCAGAUUAUGGCUUGAGCCAUUACCAGAUCGGUCAUUGCCAAGUCAUAAUAUUCAGGAAGAUUUAUUAAAAUCUCUAAAUGAUGUAAAGUUUAACUUUGGUCGUAUUGUAUAUUUCUAUUCAAAAAGUCCUCGUAUAAAUUUCAAUAUUCAAAGACAGGCUCAGCAAUUAGUUGAUAAAUGGGCCGGACCAAUUAAUGGACAAUCCAAUAAUUACAGAGAAAAAAUUAUGAGAAUGGUUCAUGAAGCAAAUUCUGGAUCAUCUUUUCCAGUUGCUGGCACAUUUGAUGCAAUUCCUACGAUUCGUGGCGGUAAGCGUGAUGACCCUUACAAGAACAUCAAAAGGACUAUGGCCCGAUUGAGACGUACUGGAAAAUGA